AUGGACGAGGAGAUGCAAUCCUUGUUGGAGAACAGGACGUGGGAGCUUGCCAAAAAACCGGAGGGGGUGAAGCCGGUUCCCAUGAAGUGGGUUUACAAGAUUAAGCGGGAUGCGUUUGGAAUCGUGGAGCGGUAUAAGUCUCGCAUGGUGGCGAAAGGAUACCUGCAAAAGCAAGGAAUUGACUUCGAGGAAAUCUACGCCCCGGUGACCAAGCACACGACUUUGCGGGCGCUUCCUGCAGCGGUCGCGGAGCGCCACUUGGAGUUGCACCAGUUGGACGUCAAGCCGGCGUUCCUCAAAGGUGAGCUCGAGGAGGAGAUUCGCAUGCAACAUCCGCAGGGGUACGAGCAAGGCGGAUUUGGGAUGGUUUGCCGCCUCAAGCGCAUCCAAUACGGAUUGCGCCAGGCGCCGCGUGUGUGGCACACACGUCUGAAGGAGGAGCUCGAGGACUUCGAGUUCGUGGCGUUCCUUGCGGAUGCGGCGCUCUUUUCGGGAGUGGGGAACGGAGAGCGGGUCUAUCUCAUUGGUUCGGCGGAGCAACUAAACCGGACGCUCGAGGAAAGAGCGCGAGCAUUGCAAGGAUGCGAUGUUGAAGCUGGAGGUUUUUGCGGAAACAUUGUUAUCGCUAGCUACACCCAAAACCGGGUUCCCUCGAGCGUUUAUGGCAAGCUCCCGUGGGAGAUGUUCUACGGAGAGGAGCGGCUUCGACGGGCCGAGAACGAAGCCACUUCUGAGCUUUCAGCAGAAGACAAAGAGAUCGUUGAGAGCCUGAAGCCUGGGACGCUCUGGUAUGGCCUCGUUAUGACGCCAGACAACAUCCAGCGCUACGUCGAGCUUUGCUUGGCGCUUUGUCCUGAGGACUACUUGAAAAUGAAGCCCGCCUGUCGUUUUCCGGAAGAUCAAUUGACCUCCAGAUUAAGUGCGCAACUAAGUUGA